GCCUGGCAUGAAUGCCGGGAGUGGAAUGCAAAGACAGCUAAAUGGAGACGUGCAGUGUAAGGAUUACAUGAGACCCCAUGACUACAUCAGACUGCGGGAGCUGUCACCGAAACAAAGGCAGGACCCAACCAACAAUCUCCUUUCCUAGAGUCAUGCUGUAAGGGAACGUGGGAUGUCUGAGAAGCACCUGAAUGUUGUGACUCUUCCAUCAUUCCCUCCAUCAUUUUCUCAUCAUUCAGCACUGAGUCUUGCCAUCCACUUCUACCCGUGAAUCCUGUUCAUCAGCGUCCUGUGGAUUUUCUGCAAACAUGCAGGCACCUGAGUUGGCAAUAGAAGAGGGGGAGGCGCAGGCUAAUGAAGUGGAGGAGAGGAGUGAAAAAGUGGAUGUCACCCUGGACCCAGACACUGCCAACCCAUUCCUGGUCCUGGCAGCAGAUCGACGAGGUGUGAGGCGGGGAGAUGCGUGGGCUUUGCUGCCUGACUCCCUGGAGAGGUUCACCACAGAGCCUUGUGUGCUGGGCUGCCCAGGCUUCACUGGAGGGCAGCACCACUGGAAGGUGGCGGUGGCCGAUGGUGGGGACUGGUGGGCCACUGGUGUGGCUGGAGGAUCCAUCCAGAGGAAGAGCAUCCUCCAGCUUUCCCCCGAAGAGGAGAUUUGGGCCGUGGGGCAGUGGUUCGGGCAGUACUACGCUUUCACCCACCCUGAUUGGACCUCCCUGCACCUCCGCCAGCCCCCCAGGACCAUUCAGGUGUCCCUGGACUGUGCUGGUGGGCAGGUGUCCUUCACUGAUGCUGAGGACGGAGGUCUCAUCUUCACUUUCUCCCUGCAUCCAUACCCUAGCAAGACCCUGCACCCGUGGUUCUACGUUGGAAGCAACUCGCAACUCGCGUUGUGUCCCUGACAUGGGGGACCACCGGUGGCCACAGAGCUCCUCCUCACCAAAAUGCAGUAUAUAUAGCUCUUCUAUACUGAUUCACUAUAGCUACAGGGAUAGAGGAAGUAGUCCCUGUAGCUCUCAGUCUUUAUAGCUGUUCCCUACAGCUAGAGGGAUAGAGGGAAUAUUCCCUAUAGAUCACACACCUCCAUAGCUAUACCCUAUAGCCAUAGAGAUAAAUAGAGAUGCAGCUCCUCUGUAGUUAUUCUCUAUAGCUAUAGGUGUAUCUACAGGAAUAGAGCUCCUCUACAGCUAUAGGCUUAUAUAAAGAUACAGCUAUUCCCUCCAGCUCUAGGGACAUAUCUAGGGAUACAGCUGCUCUACAGCUAUUCCCUACAGCUCUAGGGAUAUAUCUAGGGAUAUAGCUCCUCCACAGCUAUUCCCUACAGCUCUACGGAUAUAGGGAAUAUUCCCUACAGCUAUAGGGAUAGGGAUAUAGCCAUAGGAAACAGCUCUAGGGGAGUGUGAGCUCCUGAUAACACUUCCUAUCUUUUCCAUACCUCCAAGCAGCUCCCUGUCCCCUUUCCAGCUCUGCAUUGGGCAGACGUGUUUUUCUUCAGGCUUCUCACCGGAGUUUUUAAUCCCAAAUCCCGGGCACUGUUUCCUUCCAUAAGGUGAGGCCACUUCACCUCCCCCUCCCACCCCGCUCCAUUUCCCCCCCCCCUUCUCCUUUUCGCAUUGCAGGCGCAGACAGAGCCGAAGCAUUACAAAUAAAUAAAUAAAUAAAUAAGAAAAUAAAUACAAUAAAAAACGCUUUCCAGCUGCCAGCAGGGUCCAGCGGGACGGGAUUUAGCGUCAUCUUUGGUUCUGGAAAGAAGCAGAGCGACGGGAGGCUCUGCUGCAAACCCACCGCUUUGCCCCCCCCCCCCCCCCCCCCACUGCCAUCUUCCCCCCAGUGCAGCAGCCACCUCGCAGCCAAGUCCCAACCCAACAAUUCCCACGGCCUCUGCCUCCGGGGCCGGCAAAAGUCCUGCCAGGUUUCCUUCGCCUCGGGAAGAACCAAACCGCUAUGUUUUCCUUGGAAAAAA